CACAGGCGCACGUCAGACCGAAUGUUGGCUGGCUUACAAUUAUACUGCCGAAUUAAAUUAUAUAGGCCCUUUUACAGUAUCAUUAAAUAACAAUAAUUUAUAAAAUAUUUAGUUGAUUCCCAUUUUCAAAUUAAUGCAUUUAGAAUUGCCAAUUAGAAAAAUAUAAGUGCUACGCUGUUGCUGUUAUUGCAACGAAUGUAUUGCAGGAAACGUUUAACUUUGACAUGUGAUUUGUUCUUUUGGUGUCUUCAGUUAUUAUUUGCUCUUCGAAACUAUAAACAUGAAAUUACUGCGUUUAUCCGAAGAAAACGUGGUUGGUUCCAUUCCGACCAAGGCCACUCAGGUGAUGAUGUACCACGAUAGAUACACAGCUGGAGAGACCACGGGAGGUCUAAGCGUGAUCUUCACAAUGCUGUGCAUCAUUGAUUUAUUUGGAGUGUUUCCUGUGGUAGCAUUGCCGAAAAGCAUUAUAUCGUGUGGAAUUUAUGGCAUUCCGUUGGUGCUAGCUGUGGUCGCGCUACAGCUCUAUACUGCAGUGCUGCUCGGCAGAAGUUGGAUUUUAGCACACGAUAUCUCACCCAAUAUAAGAGAAAAGAGUCGAUUUCCAUACGCUGCAGUUGCAGAAUUAGCUUUUGGAAAGACUUCUCGCAGUAUUGUCACAUUCUUAAUUGAUGCUACUGUUUUCAGCGCAGGCGUUCCGAAUUUCAUAUUUGCAUCGCAAAGCAUGCAGUUAUUCUGGUGGAAAAUAACGGAUGGCGACGUGGGCAUCACAUACUGCGUAUGGAUGGUCGUCAUUGGUCUUUUACUCUGCCCAGUUAUGUGGCUUGGAUCACCCAAGGAUAUGAAGCCUCUAGCGUUGACAUCAGUGUUCAUUGUAACUACAGUGGCUAUCUCCACAUGGACCUGUAUAAUUAAUGAUGAUAAGUCCCCUCCUCCGUCCGGGGACGUAGUAGCCUAUAUGCCUAGUGCUAGAGACUUUCUGGUGGCUUAUGGCAUCAUGGUUUAUCAGUUCGACAUCCACCCAAUGCUGCUAACCCUGCAAGUGGAUAUGAAAGACAGUCGUCGUAUUCACUCGGCCGUGUUGGGAGGGUUCACAGUUACUGGAAUCAUGUUCACGGUCACCUCAUUCCUAGCAGCCAAGAGAUAUGGGAACAAUGUUCAGAGUAAUAUACUACAAGGGUUGCCCUCAUCAAUAACUCUAUACAUAGUGGCUCUUCUUGUCACAUUGCAACUCUGCCUUUCGAGUGCCGUCGGCAACUCAGCCCUGUUUCAGCAUUUAGAAGAUCUGCUUAAAAUACCAAGAGAAUUCUGUUUACAACGGUGCGUAAUGCGGUCGAGUAUUAUCGCCCUCGCUGUAUUUCUAGGUGAAUCCGUGCCAAGAUUCGAUCUAGUCAUGGGCUUAAUUGGCUCAACGCUUACCGGUCCUCUCAUGUUUAUAUUUCCACCAUUAUUUUUCCUUCGAUUGUGUUAUAAAAAGUCCUCCUUACCAAACAGUGCAUUGUCAUUUAAUAAUUUAAAAACUGAAAAUCCUCAUAAAGUGACGUUGGGAGAACUGAAAAACGGCAAUGAUCCGUCAAAAAUGGCGUUGUUUAUGCAUUCAUUUGACACGAAAUACAAGACAUUUACGAAUACGUUAGGCAAAAUGGGCGAAAACGAUAUGGAUGAAUAUAAUAUUAAAUGGUAUGAUAUAGUAUUGGCAGUGCUCGUAAUGUUAUUGGGUAUAUUGGCCACUGCUUUAGCGACAUAUUCCAGUUGGUCAGAUGCCAUAUCGUCAGCAUCUUUUUCACCGCCCUGUAUAGUCAACUCUACUGCCGCUGCGAGGAGUUUUAUUGAAAGAAACAUUCGAAUGACGUAAAAUAAUAUAAUUUAACGCUGUUAACACUGCCGGCUUAGCCUGCCUAGAAGCGUACUUAAGAUGGUGGUCCUAAAAAGAAAGUAAGAUUCCGUAACAUACAGUGAAAUGUGUUUCACUUACUAAGAAGGCGAUUCUUUUCAGUACGUGAUGGCACAUAGUUUAUCACCGUGCCAUCAGUAACGCCUAGUAUUUUUAUGUUAGCAAUUAGAGCAUUGACUUUGUUAAUUAUUAUUACAAUGUACAGUGUAAACUCCUUAUAACGAAUUUCAAGGGACCGAGCAUUUUUAUACGUUUUCGACAAGUUUCAUUAUAGGGAGGGAAGAAUUAAUGUAUGGGUAUUGGGUUAAACCAAAUACAUUUCAGUAAUUUUUAGGUUAUAGAGGGGUUUUCGUUAUAACGAAAGAUGUUAGAUAGAGUUUACACUGAUCUUGUCUUCAAGAAUAUUUUAUGUUUUUGUUGUAUCUAAGUGUCGUAUAUUGUAUGCACAAUUGUUUGGGUAAAUCGGUACAGAUAAAGUUGUGUUUGACAGGUAGAUAUUGUAUCUUGUUAUGGUUAACCUAUAUGCUUAAAUGAGUGGUAAGUAAUGCACUAAAUCUCUAUGCGAAAAUUACACUAUUUAAUUAUUACCUUAUUAUAUUUUGUACAGCUGUGUAAAUAAAAUACAUUUUAAGUAACAAACGUUUUAUUCAAAGAAAUAAAUAACAAUCAGCCCUGUAAAGUGUCAUAGUCAUAAUCUUCUCACGCUUUGGUAAAAUUUAUAUCCAUACAGAAACUUGAAUAUAAAAUAUUUAAAUUUUUAACACAUAUUAUUUUUCAUUUGCUCGCAAAUACGCGAUAACAUUAAAUGCAACAAUAACAUACAAACGAAAACUUUUUUCUUUGUAUAUAAA